AAAUGAGUUUUCAUAACGAAGUGAAGAUGUUGAGUGAAAUUCGACAUCGCAAUAUUGUAAAGCUUCAUGGUUUUUGUUUGCAUAAUCAAUGUAUGUUUCUCAUAUAUGAAUACAUGGAAAGAGGAAGCCUUUUUUACGUGUUGAAUUAUGAUGAUGAAGCAAAAGAGCUGAAUUGGAGUAAGAGAGUGAAUGCCAUUAAAGGAAUAACAAAUGCUUUGUUAUAUAUGCAUUAUCAUUGUGCUCCUCCAAUUAUCCAUCGAGACAUAACAAGCAGUAAUAUAUUGUUGAACUCAAAGAUGGAAGCUUUUUUAUCAGACUUUGGCACAGCUAGGAUCAUUGAUCCAGAUACAUCUAAUCAGACUCUUUUAGUUGGUACUUAUGGUUAUGUUGCUCCAGAGCUUGCAUACACCUUAGUUGUUACUGAAAAAUGUGAUGUUUAUAGUUUCGGGAUGGUGACAUUAGAAACAAUUAUGGGAACACAUCCUGGAGAUUUGAUAUUAUCUUUGUCAAAGACCUAUACAGGAAGCAUUUUGCUAAAGGAUAUUUUAGACUCACGUCUCCCUUUGCCAUCACAAAAAGAUGCAGGAGAUAUAACUCUUUUGGUCACAAUAGCAUUAGCAUGCUUGAACCCAUCUCCCAAAUCUCGACCAUCAAUGCAACAGGUGUCUGAAAGGCUUUUAUCUUCCAACCUUCCAUUAGCAAUUCCUUUCAAUAAUAUUUCAAUCCAACAUUUGGCGAAUGAAGAUAUGCUAAUAAUGCAGUAA